CAGCCAUGUUGCUUGGGUUCUGAGGCUCGGCUCAGGCGAGGGGGGCGGGGCGGCCGCGCCGUCUUGGGGGCGGGGCAGUUGGCUUUGGGUUGCGGAGGAGGCUGCGGCAGACGCGAAGCAGACCCUGCGCGCAGAAAUAAAUAACAUUUACAAUGACAACCUUCCUGGAAUUCAUCCAGCAGAAUGAAGAUCGAGAUGGAGUUAGAUUUAGUUGGAAUGUUUGGCCUUCAAGUCGUCUUGAAGCUACAAGAAUGGUCGUUCCUGUGGCAUCCCUGUUUACGCCACUGAAAGAGAGACCUGAUUUACCUCCGAUUCAAUAUGAACCUGUCCUCUGCAGCAGAUCCACAUGUAGGGCAGUUCUGAAUCCUUUAUGUCAAGUGGAUUACCGAGCAAAGCUGUGGGCUUGCAACUUUUGUUAUCAAAGGAAUCAGUUUCCACCUACAUAUGCUGGUAUAUCUGAACUCAAUCAACCUGCUGAACUUUUACCUCAGUUUUCAAGCAUCGAAUAUGUAGUACUGCGUGGCCCUCAGAUGCCUUUGAUAUUUCUGUAUGUGGUGGAUACUUGUAUGGAAGAUGAAGACUUACAAGCCCUGAAAGAAUCCAUGCAGAUGUCACUCAGUCUUUUACCAUCUACUGCUUUGGUGGGACUUAUUACCUUUGGGAGAAUGGUGCAGGUUCAUGAACUUGGUUGUGAGGGCAUUUCAAAAAGCUAUGUUUUCAGAGGAACAAAAGAUUUAACUGCAAAACAAUUGCAGGAAAUGUUGGGACUCUCCAAAGUACCUGUUACUCAGGCAGCUCGUGGUCCUCAAGUGCAGCAACCACCUCCAUCAAACAGAUUUUUACAGCCAGUACAGAAAAUAGACAUGAAUCUUACAGACCUUCUGGGAGAACUCCAACGAGACCCAUGGCCUGUUCCCCAGGGCAAGAGACCUUUGCGUUCAUCUGGGGUGGCUCUUUCCAUAGCUGUAGGACUGCUUGAGUGCACUUUCCCAAACACUGGUGCUCGUAUUAUGAUGUUCAUUGGUGGUCCAGCUACUCAGGGGCCUGGAAUGGUGGUUGGAGAUGAGCUAAAGACACCUAUAAGAUCCUGGCAUGACAUUGAAAAAGACAAUGCCAAAUAUGUUAAAAAGGGAACUAAACAUUUUGAAGCAUUGGCUAAUCGAGCUGCUACAACUGGUCAUGUUAUUGAUAUUUAUGCAUGUGCAUUGGAUCAGACUGGUCUUUUGGAGAUGAAAUGCUGUCCUAACCUCACUGGAGGGUACAUGGUAAUGGGAGAUUCUUUCAAUACUUCCUUAUUCAAGCAGACCUUUCAGAGAGUCUUUACCAAAGAUAUGCAAGGACAAUUUAAAAUGGGCUUUGGCGGCACAUUAGAAAUAAAGACCUCAAGGGAAAUAAAGAUUUCUGGAGCUAUUGGACCCUGUGUGUCUCUCAAUUCAAAAGGACCCUGCGUGUCAGAAAAUGAAAUUGGAACAGGUGGCACUUGCCAGUGGAAAAUAUGUGGACUCAAUCCUAAUACAACUUUAGCUCUGUAUUUUGAAGUUGUCAAUCAGCAUAAUGCUCCAAUUCCUCAAGGUGGACGUGGUGCUAUCCAAUUUGUGACUCAAUACCAGCAUUCAAGUGGGCAGAGACGUAUCAGAGUAACCACAGUGGCUAGGAACUGGGCAGAUGCUCAGACCCAGAUACAAAACAUCGCUGCUUCCUUUGAUCAGGAGGCAGCUGCCAUUCUUAUGGCCAGAUUGGCAGUGUAUAGGGCAGAGACAGAGGAAGGUCCGGAUGUGCUCAGAUGGCUAGACAGACAGCUCAUUCGCUUGUGUCAGAAAUUUGGAGAAUAUCACAAAGAUGAUCCAAGUUCAUUCAGAUUUUCAGAAACCUUCUCCCUUUACCCACAGUUUAUGUUCCAUUUACGAAGAUCUCCUUUCUUGCAAGUUUUUAACAACAGUCCUGAUGAGAGUUCAUAUUAUCGUCAUCAUUUUAUGCGUCAAGAUCUGACCCAGUCAUUAAUUAUGAUUCAGCCUAUUCUUUACGCCUACUCUUUUAGUGGACCUCCAGAGCCUGUUCUUCUUGAUAGCAGCAGCAUCCUUGCAGAUCGUAUUCUUCUGAUGGACACAUUCUUCCAGAUUUUGAUUUAUCAUGGGGAGACCAUAGCACAGUGGCGCAAAUCAGGCUACCAAGACAUGCCAGAAUAUGAAAAUUUCCGCCAUCUCCUACAAGCCCCAGUAGAUGAUGCCCAAGAAAUUCUCCAUUCCAGAUUUCCGAUGCCACGGUACAUUGAUACAGAACAUGGAGGCAGCCAGGCACGGUUCCUGCUUUCAAAAGUCAAUCCUUCACAGACACAUAACAAUAUGUAUGCUUGGGGACAGGAGUCGGGAGCACCCAUUCUCACAGAUGAUGUUAGUUUACAAGUCUUUAUGGAUCAUCUAAAGAAACUUGCUGUAUCAAGUGCUGCUUGAAGCUGAUGAACAUAUUUGAAGACGUAAAAAGUGAAGUGAUAGUUCAAUGUUAUUCUUUCCCCUUUUCAGUUCAUUUCUUUGAACCAGCAGAGAACUUUUGUGUCCUUAAAUUGAAUCAUUGUGAUUUAUGAGACAGUUC